AUAUAUAUAUAUAUAUUCAACGUAGGCGACCUCUGGAGCUUCUUAGGAUGUUCGGUCAUGUGCUUUUGAGUUUUAUGUAAACAUCGAUGGGGGAUAUAACAAGAAAAUAAGUAUGGAAGAGAAAGAGUGUGAAAAAUUACCACUGUUAACAGGGUUUCAGUUUGCCAUUGAUAGAGGUGGAACAUUCACAGACAUCUUUGGUAGAUGCCCUGAUGGUAAAAUUAGGCUGAUGAAACUUCUGUCUGAAGAUCCAAUAAAUUAUUCUGAUGCUCCUAGUGAAGGAAUAAGAAGAAUUAUAAAGGAAACAGGCAUCAGUAUUUGCCCUUCAGAUCCUAUAGACACAAGCAAAAUUGAAUGGAUUCGCAUGGGAACUACAGUAGCCACCAAUGCUUUGCUGGAAAGAAAAGGUGAAAGAAUGGCUUUAGCAAUAACAGCAGGUUUCAAAGACCUUCUUUUUAUUGGCAAUCAAGCAAGACCAAACAUUUUUGACUUGAAAAUCAAAUGCCCAGAGAUGUUGUAUGAAGAUGUCAUUGAAGUGGAAGAAAGAGUUCUGAUACAUCAACAGCAAUGUCAGCUAAAUAAAAAAAAUCCUAUCUGUGUUGGUACUACUAAUGAAAAGCUAGAAAUUUGGACUCCCGUAAAUUUAGAAAAAUUAAGAAUAGACUUGGAGAACACAUUGAGCAAGGGUAUUAGCAGCUUAGCCAUUGUUUUGGCUCACUCUUAUAUAUUUCCAGAUCAUGAGAUUCAAGUAGGGAAUCUUGCUAAGAUGUUAGGAUUUCGGCAUGUUUCUCUAUCAUCAAAUAUAAUGCCUAUGGUUCGUAUGGUCCCUCGUGGUUUUACAGCAUGCACUGAUGCAUACCUUACGCCUUGUAUUAAAAAGUAUGUGAAUGGAUUUUCUUCUGGCUUUAAGAAUAAUCUUAAAGAUGUCAACUGCCUAUUUAUGCAAUCUGAUGGAGGCCUAACUCCAAUGAACCAGUUUUGUGGGUCAAAAGCUAUACUUUCAGGCCCAGCAGGAGGAGUUGUAGGUUAUGCACUGACAACAUACAAAAGAGAAACUAAUUUGCCUGUUAUAGGAUUUGAUAUGGGAGGCACUUCCACUGAUGUUAGUAGGUAUGAUGGACACUUUGAGCACAUUUUUGAAACUUCCAUUUCUGGUAUAUCAAUACAAGCUCCACAGCUUGAUAUCAAAACAGUAGCAGCAGGUGGAGGCUCCAUGUUGUUCUUCAGGUCAGGACUCUUUGUUGUAGGACCAGAUUCUGCAGGGUCCCAUCCUGGUCCAGUUUGUUACAGAAAAGGUGGGCCUCUGACUGUUACAGAUGCAAACUUAUGUUUGGGGAGGCUCCUUCCUGAUUAUUUUCCAAAAAUAUUUGGGGAUAAAGAAGAUCAGCCACUGGAUAAAGAGGAGACCACUAAAGCAUUCCAAGAACUUACUAAUAAGGUCAACACAUAUCUUCUGAACCAGUCAGAGCAUGUAUGUAAGGAACCCAUGACAAGAGAAGAAGUUGCUCUAGGAUUUAUACGUGUAGCAAAUGAAACUAUGUGUCGGCCAAUUAGAGCCCUGACUCAAGUAAAAGGUUAUGACACCUCUCAGCAUGUCCUAGCUUCUUUUGGGGGAGCAGGUGGUCAACAUGCUUGUGCUAUUGCUCGAUCACUUGGAAUAUCAUCUGUGUUUAUUCAUAGAUAUGCAGGUAUUCUAUCAGCAUUCGGAAUGGCUCUUGCUGAUGUUGUUCAUGAAGUACAGGAACCUUGUGCUGUUGUUUACUGUAUAGAUUCUUUGAAGACUAUUGAUGAAAGGAUAACAGCUAUCAGGAUUAAAUGUAUUGAUGAAUUAAAGAAGUUAGGCUUUGAUGAGUCAAGAAUUCAAACAGAACCACACCUUCAUAUGCGUUAUGAGAAAACAGAUUAUGGCUUAAUGUGUUCUGCAUCUGGUUAUAAGGCCGGUAAUGGGACAAGCUGCUAUGGAGAUUUUCUGUCAUCAUUUUACAGUAGGCAUCAGCAAGAAUUUGGCUUUAACAUAGACGGUCGAUCCAUUAUAAUUGAUGACAUUCGUGUGAGAGGAACUGGUAAAAGUGGUGUAGUCAUGUCAACAGUUUUGAGAAAGGCUACAGCUCCACCACCAGUAGAGUUUCACACAAAGUGUUACUUUGAAGGUGGCUAUCAAGAUACAAAGGUGUUUUUGUUAUGUAAUCUUCUCAAUGGGCAUGUGAUCACUGGUCCUUCUAUAAUUAUAGAUGACAAUUGUACAAUUUUAGUGGAACCAGACUGUGAAGCUACAGUCACUGCUCAGGGUGACAUAGAAAUCAAGGUUUAUAAGAACAAAACCCAGAAUAUUGGAACUGAGCUGGACACAAUUCAGCUGUCUAUCUUCUCUCACAGAUUCAUGAGUAUUGCUGAACAAAUGGGGAGGGUGUUACAGAGGACUUCUAUAUCUACAAAUAUCAAGGAGAGAUUGGAUUUUUCCUGUGCUCUUUUUGGUCCUGAUGGAGGGCUUGUAUCUAAUGCUCCACAUAUACCAGUCCAUCUUGGAGCAAUGCAAGAGGCUGUACAGUUCCAGAUGAGAAACCUUGGAGACAACAUUCAGCCUGGUGAUGUUUUACUUUCUAACCACCCUUGUGCUGGGGGAAGCCAUUUGCCUGACCUUACAGUUAUAACACCGGUUUUCUAUAAAGGCUUUGAAAAACCCAUGUUUUUUGUGGCUAGCAGGGGACAUCAUGCAGAUAUAGGAGGAGUUACACCAGGGUCUAUGCCUCCUCACUCUAAAACUCUGCAGGAAGAAGGUGCUACAUUCAUAUCUUUCAAACUUGUAAAGAAUGGAAUCUUCCAAGAAGAGGACUUGAUUGAACAGCUAAUGGCUCCAGCAAAGUAUCCUGGUUGUAGUGGUUCACGAAACUUGAAGGACAACAUCUCAGACCUGAAGGCUCAGGUUGCAGCUAAUCAUAAGGGUAUCACUUUAGUGUCCAAUAUGAUUGAUACAUAUGGUAUAAAAGUUAUUCAAGCCUACAUGGGAUAUAUUCAGGCCAAUGCAGAACUUGCAGUGAGGGACAUGUUAAAACAGAUUGGAAGAAAUUUUAGCAAUGAAAAGGAUCAUGUUGAACUGAGUUCUGAAGAUUACAUGGAUGAUGGCACUUUGAUUAAGCUUCAUCUUACUAUACAUACAAAAAAGGGCACUGCUGUUUUUGACUUUAGUGGAACCAGUCAUGAAGUUUAUGGGAACUGCAACACACCAACAGCAGUUACUUUAUCAGCCAUUAUUUACUGCCUACGAUGCCUUGUAGGACAUGAUGUGCCUUUAAAUCAGGGAUGUCUAGCUCCUGUUAAGAUAGUUAUUCCUGAAGGUUCUAUACUUAGUCCAUAUAAAGAUGCAGCUGUAGUUGGAGGGAAUGUUCUGACAUCUCAGCGUAUUGUGGAUGUUGUUCUCAAAGCAUUUGGAGCUUGUGCUGCCUCUCAGGGUUGUAUGAACAAUAUAACAUUUGGAGAUGAAGAAGUUGGAUAUUAUGAAACAGUUGCUGGUGGAGCAGGUGCUGGUCCGAGUUGGCAUGGUCGUAGUGGGGUUCAUAGUCACAUGACCAAUACUCGUAUUACUGAUCCAGAAAUUCUUGAAAAAAGAUACCCUGUUGUUGUUCAGAAGUUUCAAUUAAACCCAGAUAGUGGUGGCUCAGGGCAGUACCAUGGUGGAGAUGGAGUUGUUCGGGAGUUACUGUUUAGGAAAGAUCUAACACUGUCUGUGUUGACAGAAAGAAGAGUCUUCACACCUUAUGGAUUGUUUGGUGGGAAAAAUGGAAAACAAGGCUUAAACCUUCUUAUCUACAAUAAUGGGCGAAUUGUUAACCUCGGGGGCAAGACAUGUGUUAAGGUGUCUGCUGGGGAUGUUUUUCACAUGGAGACACCUGGAGGUGGUGGCUAUGGAUCAGCAGACUGAUGAUGUGGCCAAUGUUUUGGAGGAGUAUAAUCAAGAAGAGAACAAUAUUUUAUUUCACAUAAUUUUUAUUAUUCAAGAGCAACCUACAGUAGCCUCUGUUACAUGAACUGUUCUAGUUUAGGGAAAAACUUUUGCCACACAGUGAAAUAAAUCCCAUAUUAGUGGGAAAGACAUUAUAAUUGAUAUUCUAUUUCAUAGUGUAGGAAGUAAAUAUGAAACUAAAUAUCUUGGUUUAUCAUUCAACAUUAUGUAAUUGAACAGUAUACAUUAAGUACCUUAGGCUGUCGUAUAACCUACUGUUAAAAAAUUGAUGCGAUUAUUAGUGCCUUGGGUUACUUUUGAACCUAUUAUUAUUUCAGUGAUGGUAUUAAGCAUAUUGGCUUACCAUUCAACAUUAUAUAAUUAAACAAUUUAAUUAAAUGAUUUCAGAUUAUCAUUACAUCUGUUGAUUUUCAACAACAAUUCUUGAGUUAUGGGGUUUGAUAAUUAUUUCACACCAUUUGAAUGACAGUUAUUAAGCUUCUUAUUUUGGGACUGCCAAUGAGCUUAUUGAAUUUGAAAAUUGAUGUAAAGAUAAGUAUCUUGGAUUAAGAUUUAAUAAGUUUUGGUGUAAAGUAGAUAUAAAGAUAAUCACCUAAGAUUAUCAUUCAUCAAGUUUAAUAAGCAGAUCAUCUAAAGGUAAUUGCCCUGAACUAUAAUUUAAGUUAACAACUUUGAUGAAGAGCAUAUCUAAAAUCAUCUUUCGUGGUUUAUAUUCAGUAUGGUUUAAUUGAGCAUUAGUCCUAAAGUGAAAUAAUGUGUUAUCAUUGUACUUAUUGUUAUUGAAUAUGUGAAAUAGUCAUUAACUCUACUACAUGAUCAAUCAACAUGGUUUUGAACAGAGGUUUUGAUUAAAAACUAAACUAAAAUUAAAUACCUUAAAGGUAUUUUAAGUUUAUUUGUAGUACAAGCAUAUUACAAAGAUAUAUUAUUAUGUGUUAGUAAUUCUAAUUUGAAAAUACUUGAUAAGCUAUGGUUUGUGCUCUAUGAAAUGACUUGAUAGCACUUACUGAAAGUCUUACAAAAGUAACAUUUAUUCAAAUAAAAAUUGUUUCAGAAUUGGUCUAAUACACAUUAGUUAAUAGAACUUUGAUUUGUGUGUUACUGACCUAUAAUAUAAGCAUGAUUGUUUUGACAAACUUACUUUGUUGGUAAAAUAUUUGUUUCUAGAUGAAAUAAAUCUUCUUUUCUUAAAACUGAUAA